AUGAUAUUCUCAUUUAUUUUGUCUCAACAAACAUUUGAUCUCAUAUAUCUAUUUAUUGACAGGAUAUCCAAUCGCACAAAAGAUGUUCGAACACUCGAACCAUUCAUACGUGCUUUUAGGCAUAUUUCACAUGGACAUGAUUCACUUUCUAUAGAUGAAUUUUGUAUAUUAUUUGAAGAUACAUCCUUUCGACGAGAAUUUGCUUUGUUGUUUAUUGGUGAAACAAAUUUUUUAAGUGUAAUGGAAUUUACAGAUGUACUUCAUUCUGUUGCCAAUCUUAAAUCAGAUACAAAAUGGCUUUCAUGGCUUGCUUAUCAAUUUCAUAUGGCAGUCAGUAAACGUCGUAGUACAAAACAUAAUAGAACUCAAAUAGAAGAUAGUAUGGAUCUUGAAACAUUUAGAAAUAGUUUUCAAUUCAAAGUUCCUGAAUUAGCUGAUUGUUUAUUUAAUUAUCUUGAUACGGAUAAAACGGGUCAAUUAACAUUAGAUAAAUUUAUAAGAAAUCUAGAAUUUCUUACUGAAGCAAAUGAUAAUGAAAAAGUUGAAUUUCUUUUUAAAAUUUUUGAUCGUGAUGGUGAUGGAACGAUUGAUUUUGAUGAAAUGAAAUUAUUAUUUCGUUGUUUUCUUGAACAAUCUCCUUCACUUGAUAUGGAAGAAACAUUAGCAGAAUUAACUGCUACUUUAUUUCAAGAAACUGAUGUUGAUCAAUCAGGUGAUAUUAGUUUGGAUGAAUUAUCAAAUGCUCUUCGACAAAAUGAACAUUUAUUUAAAGUACUUUCACUCAGGUAA